AUGGCAGCGAGUGCUUCAUUCGCGUGGCCUGCGCUGUACUCCUUCCCGCCGUUCUUUACGCAAGUCGCAAUGAUGCACAAUUUCUUUGACGACAGCGCUCUUGCUGGAGCGACAGAGUGGAAGGACGGGAAGAAGUCGUGCUCCAAAAUUCUAACUCGUUCCUGUAUUACAGAGCAACGCCGACACGCGGCAGACUCGCUCGACGUUCAGGAAGCGCUCACGUCGCCCCUCUUCAACAACCAGACCAUCAACCGACACCUCUCGCCAGAAGCGGUUCGUAUUGUGCUGGACGAAUUAGCAGCAAAGGGCAACGUCGAAUGGACGGGACGCGACAAGUCUAGGUGUCGUGUCUUGUGGCGCACGAUUGAACAAUGGGCUGCCAUCAUUUACAGCUGGGUUGAGAAUAACGGAAUGACAGGGACAGUGUGCACCCUGUAUGAACUCCAAGCAGGCGAUCACGCUGUUGGCACUGAAAUGUACGGAAUUGAUGAAAAUACGCUCAAAGAAGCGCUAGCAGUGCUGCAGGCUCAACGGAAAGCACAGGUCUUUUCCAGUAGCACGGGGGAGUUGGACGGUGUAAAGUUCUUUUAG